UGCUUUGACUUGAUCAUCCAGUCCUCAGCAUCUCUCUUCUGUCUCCUUGGCAACAGAGACUCGGGUACCACUUGUAUUCAGAAUCUGUGCAGCAGUGCAGAGAGCAGAAAGAGUAUCUCUCCCCUGCUUGGAUAUGGAUCUGGAACUAGAACUGUCAACAUCUAGGCUGUACUCAGACUUUCUCUUCUACAAUGCUACACAAAAUUUCUCUUCAUCAAUCCUGCCCAAUACCAGCCAAAGUGCACCAGGACCAAGCAUCUCCAGGAAUCAUGCCUCCAUUAUAAUGGCAGUGGCAAUAACUGCUCUUUAUUCUGUGGUUUGCGUAGUGGGACUUCUCGGCAAUGUCCUGGUCAUGUAUGGGAUUGUGAGAUACACCAAGAUGAAGACAGCCACCAACAUCUACAUCUUCAACCUUGCUUUGGCUGAUGCUCUUGCCACUAGCACCCUCCCCUUCCAGAGUGCUAAGUAUCUCAUGGAAACUUGGCCCUUUGGGGAAGCCCUCUGCAAAGUGGUCCUAUCAAUAGACUACUACAACAUGUUUACCAGCAUUUUCACAUUGACCAUGAUGAGUGUGGAUCGUUAUAUUGCUGUAUGUCACCCUGUACGCGCACUGGAUUUUCGAACUCCAUCCAAAGCUAAAGCUAUAAAUGUCUGCAUCUGGAUCUUGUCAUCAGUCAUUGGGGUCCCAAUAAUGGUUAUGGCAGUGACCAAGACUACCAAAGCUGGAACAAUCACCUGUACCCUCCAGUUUCCACGACCUGAUUGGUACUGGGACACUGUUACUAAAAUUUGUGUCUUCAUUUUUGCCUUUGUGGUACCAGUCUUGGUAAUUACCAUGUGCUAUGGGCUGAUGAUCCUGCGCCUGCGCAGUGUGCGCCUUUUAUCUGGCUCAAGGGAAAAAGACCGCAAUUUACGUCGAAUAACCCGUAUGGUUCUUGUGGUUGUGGCUGCAUUCAUAAUCUGCUGGACACCCAUCCAUAUUUUUGUAAUUGUGUGGACAAUGGUAGACAUCGACAAGAGGAAUCCCUAUGUUGUAGCUAGCUGGCAUUUCUGCAUUGCACUUGGUUAUACAAAUAGUAGUCUUAACCCUGUCCUUUAUGCCUUCUUGGAUGAGAAUUUUAAGAGAUGUUUUCGAGAGUUCUGCCUUCCAUUCCGUUCACAUUCUGAACAAAGCAGCUUUAGCAGAGCCCGUAAUACUACCCGGGAUCAAGUGUCCACCUGUGCCCAAUCUCAUGCCCCAGACAAGCCGGUAUGACUAGACAUGGAUGGCCGAAGGAGAGGAUCCAGAGGCCGCAGAGGAGAAGAUUUAAAUUCUGAAGUCACUCAGGUUACCAGCACUACUGAGUUUUAGCAGCAUACUUUCCUACCACAAGGACAGGACAAUAAAUUAUGAAUGACAUUUUUAUCAGAUUUAUCAGGCUUUAUGAAUCUUUUCCAUUUGUCAUUCUCCUGCAGAGCUGACAAUCAAAGUACUGAAAUAUUGACAUGGAUAUUGGAGGCUAACCACACUGUAGCAGACAAUAUGUUUAGCUUUCAUUACACAGGAAGUUUAGACUCCUUUAUGACCUGGAUACAGAAAGCUUGACAAUUAAUCCAUGAACCAUGUAAAUGAAGUUGCAGGGGCUGUGUAAAUCUACAAAUAAUAACCUUCAGAUAUAUUUGGAUUACUUAGGAUUUAGACUUUUCUUCAUUUCUGACACAUAUAAUCAUUUUAAAGCUGCUACAAUGCAACUAUAUAUUUUCAGACAGGAAAAAUAUAUAGUUAGCUUUCAUAUCCAGAUUUUAAUUUGGUGAGCAGUAACCAAACAUAUCUGCCUAAAUAGUUGUUCAUGGAAUUAGAAAUCAAAUCACUCAUGAUUCUAGAUCCAAAUCACUUCAUUUGUAUCCAGCUGUCAUAUAAAAUAUAACAAUGAAAUGCAAUCUUUGCAAGACUGGAAGUGAAAAAAAGCAAAGAAGAUCAAUGACCUAGCACCAGCAAAGGACUGAUUGUAAAAGGACAACUUCAUUUGGGUAUAAUUUCUAAAGCUCCACUUAAGGAACUCCACAUGGAUGAGCUUUCUUAGAGCAGAAGCAAUAAAUGACUUGCACACAGACCUCACAACCUCUAUGGUAAAGCAUAUCAUACUGCUGUUUUACAUUUUGACAUCCACUACAUUGUGAGAGUGGCAUAAACAGUAGCCACGUGGGGAGCAUGCAAGAGGAUCCAGUAGCGCAUGCUUUCUUACUGUUAUACAAGCAGAUGGAACCAGGCAAAAUCAUUGUGAUCUUUGUUCAGUUCAGACAGGGUACCAACAAUCAAAAACUAUAAGCUUCUUAUGCUACUCUGAGAAAUAAAUCAGGAUGGGUGAUUUUUAACAAAAGCAGUAAUGUACAUAAAUAAAACAACUGAGUCAGCAUCA